GGGAGGGCCGGCCCCGGGAUGCCACACACAACCCAGCUGUACCAGCAUGUGCCAGAAAAACGCUGGCCCAUCGUGUACUCACCGAGAUACAACAUCACCUUCAUGGGCCUGGAGAAGCUGCACCCUUUUGAUGCAGGGAAAUGGGGCAAGGUGAUCAAUUUCCUAAAAGAGGAGAAGCUGCUGUCGGAUGGCAUGCUGGUGGAGGCCCGGGAGGCCUCAGAGGAAGACCUGCUGGUGGUGCACACGAGGCGGUAUCUCAACGAGCUAAAGUGGUCCUUUGUGGUCGCCACCAUCACCGAGAUCCCCCCUGUCAUCUUCCUCCCAAACUUCCUUGUGCAGAGGAAGGUGCUGAGGCCCCUUCGGACCCAGACUGGAGGAACCAUCAUGGCGGGGAAGCUGGCUGUGGAGCGAGGCUGGGCCAUCAAUGUGGGGGGCGGAUUCCACCACUGUUCCAGUGACCGUGGCGGGGGCUUCUGUGCCUAUGCUGACAUCACGCUCGCCAUCAAGUUUCUUUUUGACCGUGUGGAGGGCAUCUCCAAGGCCACAAUCAUUGACCUCGAUGCCCAUCAGGGCAACGGGCAUGAGCGAGACUUCAUGGGGGACAAGCGUGUGUAUAUAAUGGAUGUCUACAACCGCCAUAUCUACCCUGGGGACCGCUUUGCCAAAGAGGCCAUCAGGCGGAAGGUGGAGCUAGAGUGGGGCACAGAGGAUGAUGAGUACUUGAACAAAGUGGAGAGGAACAUGCAGAAAGCCCUCAAGGAGCAUCUGCCCGAUGUGGUGGUGUACAACGCAGGCACUGACAUCCUCGAAGGGGACCGCCUUGGGGGGCUGUCCAUCAGUCCAGAGGGCAUCGUGAAGCGAGAUGAACUGGUGUUCCGAAUGGUCCGAGGCCACCAGAUACCCAUCCUCAUGGUGACCUCAGGCGGGUACCAGAAGCGAACAGCCCGCAUCAUCGCUGACUCCAUCCUUAAUUUACAUGACCUGGGGCUCAUUGGGCCUGAGUCGCCCAGCGUGUCAGCACAGAACUCAGACACUCCGCUGCUUCCCUGCGCUGUGCCCUGACCAGUGGUGCCCUGGCUAAGUGUCUCCCCGCCACCUCGGGCCCCGCCAUGCGCUGCCCUUAGUGCUCAUUGUUGUCUAACCUUCUGGGCUGCAGAGGAGCCCAGGGAGCCGGGAGGGGCAGGAAGGGCUGGGCCUGGCAGCAGCUCCUCCCCGCUGGUGCCUGAGGGUCUCCAGGCCUCCUGGUGUGGUAGAAGGCAGAGCCAGUUCCAGGGAAGACCCCAUCGGGGCCCUGGGGAGGCGGGGUCGUUCAUCAAGAAUGGGGGAGGACACGUUGGGCCCCCGGCUACAGGGAGGUCCCUGCUGGGGUGUCAUGGUGUCCAGGUCAGACAGAGGAAAUGUCCAUCUCUGCCUCCUUAUCAGUGGACAGUGUGGGAGGUGCCCCUUCCCUUCUCCAGGGGGCUGAUGCAGUGGGCCUAAUGAGAGCUGCUGAGCCUGGUCUCUAGGGGUCCCUGGAUUCCCAGUCAGCAGGCAGGAGCUCCGCAGGAUUGUGGGGGGGCUGUAGGGAAGCAGUGCAGGGGUUCUCCCAGCUGGGGUUCCCCCUCAAAGAAUCAAGGUCUGGGCCUGCUUCCCAGACCCCUCUGUGAUGAUGGGGAGUCCUGAGGGCAUUCAAGGCCUCCUUGGCGAUGGUCUCCCUGUUCAGUGGGGGGUGGGUCAGGAUGGGGGGAAAGAAUUAGCUCAGAAGCAGGUUUCAGGGGCUCCUGGAGGGAAGUCUGGAGGCUGUGAAGGUUGGUGGCAGCUGGGCAGGCCCUGGGUGGAUUGUGGUCUCCACUGGCCUCACUCAAAGUGUCUAGUUCCUAUCUUUCCCUGUCCAUGGACCCUAGGGAUCCCUCUGGCCUUUACACCCUACUCUGAAGAGGACAUGCAGGGCCGUCUGGGAAGCUGGAUGGGAGGAAAAGUCACCCCUCCUAGCCCUGGGGAGUUGGACUACCUGGGCUUUGUGGCCUCAGUCAGCCCUACCCACAGAACUUCUGCUUGCUUCAGUCCAAGGCAUCCUUCACACACCUUUGCAGGAGAGGUGAGGGGAGGGGUCCAAGGCCACAAAUUGUUAAAAAUGCUGACCUUCAGGACAGACCGACCCCAAGACACUAACAAUGCACUUUGACACCAACCCCCUUUCCUGUGGUCUCUCUGUAUCUGACUCGAGGUACUUCCUGGGACAGCUGGGGGCCAGUGACAAACAGUUUGUCAUUGGGGUGUUUCUUUCCUAGAGAAACAUAAAGGCAAUGGUUGGACUGGCUGCCGUGUGUUCUUGAGGUGAACAGUCCCUGCCUCCCAAGGACUGCAGGAAAUAAAGACUUAAA